AUGGAUUUUCCUACACCGCAAAGACAACUUACAAGAGAGGAAAUUAAUAGAUGUUUCCUAAGAUGGCAACAUUUGAGAAAUGAACAUGGACAAAAUGCACAAAAUAUACCAGAAUUCAUUUAUUAUUCAAAUGUUUUAAGAGUAGCUGCCAAACAACAACAGCAGCAACAGCAACAGCAACAGCAACAGCAACAGCAACAACAACAGCAACAACAGCAACAACAGCAACAACAGCAACAACAGCAACAACAGCAACAGCAGCAACAACAGCAGCAACUACAACAACAACAACAACAACUACAACUGCAACAACAACAACAACAAUAUGACUUAAAUGCAGGUAUAGCAACGUCACCUACCUCUUCUAUUGCCGGUACUAAUACACCAAACAAUAAUUUUAUUAAUAACCAGGCAACAUCAAAUUUUAACUCCAAUUUUUCCUCCGGUGUUCAAAAUUCCUUGCAUCAACAGACAAACUCCUUUAUUAAUAAUAAGAGUGGCACUAGUUCUGCUGCUAAUUCUUCUGUACAACAAAAUAGUCCAAAUAACAACAUCAGUAAUAAUAAUGUUUUGCCUCAGCAAAGAAUGAUGACAAAUAGCAAUUCACCGACAUCCAAUUUAAGCAACAUUUCUACACCAAAAAGUAACACUCCAUUAAAUAAUGGAACAGGACUUAACAAUGGCAAUUCAGUCGGUAUUAAUUCCACCACUGGUUCUAUUUUUUCCCCUUCACAAACAACUCUUUUAAAGGCUCAAAUUGCUGCAAUGAAAUGUAUGCUAGCUAAACAAGCGGUUCCUAAAGAUGUCCAAAAUAUAAUUAGUAGCUCUUUAACCAAAGCACCUAACUAUAACGAGAUUCUAGUAAAAUUAGGUCGAUCUUUGCAAGUCAAAAAACAACAACUUCAACAGCAACAUCAGAGCACACAACAGUCAAAUACCAACAAUACUCCUGCGUUUGUACCUAGUAAUAAUAAUUUAAGUACUUCUACUUAUACCAAUAACAAUAAUAUGCAGGUUCCUGGUCCACGUGCCCCCACUCAAGAAGAGCUAGAUUUACAACGAAAGAAAAAACAAGAAUUGGAAAUUUUAGAGAAAAAAAGACAACAACGAUUAGAGGAGGAACGAAGAAAGAAAGAAGAAGAAUUAAAAAGGAGAGAAGAAGAAUUAAAAAGGAAGAGAGAGGAAGAAGAGGUUUCUAGGAAAAAACAAGAAGAAGAAGAAAGGAAAAAAAAGGAGCAAGCAGAGGAGGAAAAGAAAAGAAAAAAGCAGGAGGAGGAGGAGGAAAGGAAGAGGAAGAUUAGGAGAGAGAUGCCUCAACCAAUAAACAAAUUUAAAGAAUCGAAUCCAACUAUUCAAAAAAUUAUAAAUGUUAAUAAUCCAAAUUUAAAAGUCGAAUCCUAUACUUUACCUGAAAGUUACCCUGGGCAAGUUCUAGUUCCAUACAAAGAUUUGUUUAACAAUAAAGCUAAAAUAAUACCUAGUCUUUUACCGCCUGGUAUUGAUGUACAUUCUGCUUUGGAAGUUUAUCAAACGUUAGUCGCAUUAAAUGUAGAUACUGAGAUAAAUAACAUACUUUUGGAAGUUUUAAAAUGCGACACUUCAAAUGCUGAUUAUGAAUUGGCCGAAAAAAAAUUAAUCUGUGAAUAUAAUGCAUUACAACUGUUGCCGCUACAAAAGGCUAUGAGAGGCCAUAUUUUACAAUUUGAAUGGUUCCAAAGAACUUUAGUUUCCAACACACAUCCAAAUUUCUUAUCUAAAGUGCGUAAAGUCAAUAUUGCAGAUGUUAGUUUAACCGAUGAUUUGUUCACUAGGCACGAAGUUUUACAACUUGAGCGCAUUAGACAGAAACAAUCGGCCCAAUUGGAAGCCAUAACCGAUAGUUGUGCUUUGCAACACAAACAAAAGCAAGACAGAAGGAACAGGAGAAUGAAGUUUGGUCAUAAGAUUUCAUCAUUGCAUAAUAGCAUUGAAAAAGAAGAACAAAAGAGAAUUGAAAGAAAUGCUAAACGCCGUUUGCAAGCCUUGAAAGCGAAUGAUGAAGAGGCGUACAUUAAAUUAUUGGAUCAAACUAAAGAUACUAGAAUUACACAAUUAUUAAAACAAACUAAUUCAUUUUUGGACUCAUUGACCAAAGCCGUCAAAAAUCAACAAGAGCAUACCAGGAGUAAAAUUGAACAACAUCUAGAGGAGGAGGAGGAGGAUGAAACCAAUAUUAAUAGCAAAAAGGAACUGUUACAUCUGGAUAGACAGGGCGAUACUCAGCUAACUAAUAACGGGGUUAGUGAUGGUAAUGAUGAUGACGAUGAUGAUAUUGAUUAUUAUAGUGUUGCUCAUAAAAUUAAAGAAGAGGUUAAACAACAACCAUCUAUAUUGGUUGGUGGCACUUUGAAAGAUUACCAAUUGAAAGGUUUACAGUGGAUGGUAUCAUUGUUUAAUAACCAUUUAAAUGGUAUUUUGGCUGACGAGAUGGGUUUGGGUAAAACUAUUCAAACGAUCUCGCUUCUAACUUAUUUAUAUGAAACAAAACGUAUUCAUGGUCCAUUUUUGGUUAUUGUUCCAUUGUCCACUUUAACAAAUUGGAACGCUGAAUUUGAUAGAUGGGCUCCUGUUUUAAGGAAAAUUGCCUAUAAGGGAACACCGAAUGAACGUAAAUCAUUACAAAAGCAAAUCAAAUCUGGCGAAUUUGAUGUUGUUCUUACCACAUUUGAAUAUAUCAUUAGAGAGAAAAAUUUGCUAUCCAAAAUUAAGUGGGUGCAUAUGAUUAUUGAUGAAGGUCAUAGAAUGAAAAAUGCACAAUCCAAACUAUCUUUGACUUUGAACACAUAUUAUCAUACAGAUUACAGGUUGAUUUUAACCGGGACACCUCUACAAAAUAAUUUACCCGAAUUAUGGGCCUUGUUGAACUUUGUUUUACCCAAGAUUUUCAAUAGUGUUAAAUCCUUUGAUGAAUGGUUUAACACACCUUUUGAUAACACUGGUAGCCAAGAUAGACUUGAGCUAAGUGAAGAAGAAACGUUGUUAGUUAUUAGAAGGCUACAUAAAGUCUUGCGUCCAUUUUUGUUGCGUCGUUUGAAAAAAGAUGUGGAGAAGGAAUUGCCCCAAAAAGUGGAGAAAGUUUUGAAAUGUAGAAUGAGUGCUUUGCAACAGAAAUUGUACGAACAAAUGUUAAAGUAUCGUAAAUUAUUUGUUACCGAAGAACAAGAUGAAAAAAAACAGAAAAAGAAGAUGGUCGGUUCUCGAGGAUUUAAUAACCAAAUUAUGCAAUUGAAAAAGAUUUGUAAUCAUCCCUUUGUCUUUGACGAAGUUGAAGAUACUAUUAAUCCAAGCAGAGAAACUAACGAUGAAAUUUGGCGUGUUGCUGGUAAAUUUGAAUUGUUACAAAGGGUAUUGCCAAAAUUUAAAGCUACCGGUCAUAGAGUUUUGUUAUUUUUCCAGAUGACUCAAAUUAUGAAUAUCAUGGAAGAUUUCUUACGGCUAAUGGGAUUGAAAUAUCUAAGGUUAGAUGGUCAGACCAAAGCUGACGACCGUACCAUAUUAUUAAAUCUGUUUAACGAGCCAAAUUCCGAAUAUUUUUGUUUCUUAUUGUCAACAAGAGCUGGUGGGCUAGGUUUAAAUUUACAGACUGCAGAUACAGUAAUUAUUUUUGACACUGACUGGAAUCCUCAUCAGGAUUUGCAGGCACAAGAUAGAGCGCAUAGAAUUGGCCAAAAAAAUGAGGUUCGUAUUUUAAGAUUGAUUACUCAGAAUUCCGUAGAAGAGGCUAUUUUAGAGAGAGCGUAUAAAAAAUUGGAUAUUGAUGGUAAAGUUAUUCAAGCUGGUAAAUUUGACAACAAAUCUACUGCUGAAGAGCAAGAAGCCAUUUUGAGGUCUUUAUUGGAUGCUGAAGAAGAACGUAAACGUAAAAGCGCGCUGGGGAUAGAUGAAGAUGAUGAGUUUGAUGAUUCUGAAUUGAACACAAUUUUAGCUCGUAGUGAUAAAGAGAUUGAAGUGUUUCAAAAAUUGGAUGAUGAAAGAGCGAAAACUGAUAUCGAGCAUGGCAUUACUACAAGGUUGAUGGGUGAAUCUGAACUACCAGAAGUCUAUCAUAAAGAUAUUGAGGCAGAAAUGCAAAAGGAAGAGAUGGAAGAAAUUGAAGCGGCUGGCAGAGGUAAUAGAGAACGUAAAAAGACCAAUUAUGCUGAAGAUAUAACUGAAGAUCAAUGGUUAAAACAAUUUGAAGUCAGUGAUAAUGAUGAUGAUGGUAGUGGUGGUGGUGGUGGUGGUGGUGCUAUUGCUAGUGCUGGUAACGAUAAUAAGGUUUAUGGACAGACUGAAGCUGGCUCCCCUGAAGUUGCUGAUGGGGGCAUAACCAAAGGCGAAGAAACCCUCGAUCAUGUUGCGAUAAAAAAGGAAAAAGAAGGUACAAUUGAAAUUAAGGAAAAUAAUGUCGCGACGGUUUCUGAAAAAUUUGAUGCAAAGGUCAAUGACCAUUUAUUUGCCUCUGGCGAAACACAAGUUUCUGCUGAACAUGAUGUUGUUGUUGAUGACGAUGGUGAUGAGGAUAGUGGUGAUGAUGAUGAUGAUGAUUUUCAACUUGGUCCAAAAAGGAAGGGACCAAAGAGAAAGAGGAUGCAAGCAAGGAAAAAAGUAAAAUUUUCAAGCAAAGUUGAAGAUAAAAUUGAUACAAGAGCAUCCAGCCCAACACCAUUGGCUACUGUGAAAAAGCAAAUAGAUAAUAUCAUUAUCGAAGAACCUGCGCCUCAGCGUCGUCGUGGACGUCCACCAAAAAAUAAGACGGGUAAGAUAUUUAUGCGUAGUCCUCAAUUGUGUACAAAAUCCAAGGAAGAAAGAGAAGUUGUUGCAAAAGACGCUUUAAUUUUGUACAACUUUGCCUUGGAAUAUAAGAAUGAGGAACAAGAUAGAAGGUUAUCUGAUGCAUUUUUGAGUAAGCCCUCUAAAAAUAUUUACCCUGAUUAUUAUAGGAUCAUUAGGUUUCCUAUAGCGUUUGAUACGAUUGAGAACCAUAUUAAGGAUUUUGCCUAUGAUAGUUUGUCACAAAUGUUAGAAGAUUUACAUUUAAUGUUUUCUAAUGCAAAAGUUUAUAAUGCUGAAGGUUCUAUAAUUUACAAUGAUGCAAAUGAACUGGAGACUGUGAUACAAAAAAAAUUUACUGAAAUAACUGGUGAGGAUGUUGGAAACAUGGAUUUUAGUGUUUUCAAUGACUAUUUUUUGACUAAACCAUUGAAGAUAACCAUGUAG